AUGUAUUCCGCGGGGACGGAGAGCUUCCUGCGCCAGGCCAGGUAGGGAGAGGCAAAAUGGGGGGCUGGGGAAGGGGGAGCCCCGGGGGGGGGGAGCAGAAGCCCUCCAGAGGCUUUGGGUUCCAGCUGCUUCUUUGGGCGGAGGCUGAGUUGGGGCUUGCCAGCUUCCUCUUCUUUAUUACUGUUACUACUAUUAUGUAUUUAUUUAUUUGUGCCUCGCCUUUUGCCCUGGCAGAUACUCUUUUUUGUGUGCUUUAUUGAUUGAACACUUUAUAACAGAAAACUGUACAAUAGAUAUUAUAAACAAAAUGAGAAAUACAAAAUAAACGGUUCUUCAUUCUUCAACUAAUGCAUGCUUUGGACAUCCAAAGUACUGUUAGUUAGAUAGAUAGAUAGAUAAUUUAUUACGGUCGGAGACCAGCUUAUAAAACACACUUGGGGGUACAAUCCCAGAAGGAAAACAAACAUUUAAAACAAUGUACAACAAUAAAUUUAAAAUUUAUAAAUGCGAAAAGCUUAAAACUUUAAUCCAAAGUACUGUAUUUUAAUAUUUUGUUGGAAGCCGCCCAGAGUGGCUGGGGAAACCCAGCCAGAUGGGCGGGGUAUAAAUAAAUUAUUAUUAUUAUUAUUAUUAUUAUUAUUAUAUUAACUUAUUGCAACAGCCCUGUGAGGGGAGGUUAUGUUGAGAGGCAGUGACUGACCCAAGGACACCAGGGAGCUUCACGGGAUUCUGUGAAAUGUGGAGACUUCCUCUUGGUUAAGAUAUAAGGACACAGAAAGAGCCUUGCUUUAUCAGGCCAGUGGCCCAUCUAUCCUGUUCUCACGGUGGCCAACCAGAUGCCUCUGGAAAACAUGCAGUGCUCUGGUUUGCUCCUUGCAAACCAUUUUCAUAAUGGAAAUAUAAGAGUAUGCAAGGGUCUGUCUGGUGCUUUGCCAGCCCACGAGCCAUCCAGCCCAUCCAGUUGUCACUGAAGUUGCCAGCAGAGUCUUUCCCAGCCCAGUGUAUGGCAAAGCAACUACUGUCGUGGUUGGCAAAGGCCUGAUGUGGAAGUUUGCAAAACGGAGAUUUCUUAAUUUCUAUAUGCUUUCCUAUUAGGGAGAUCCAGGAUGAAGAACUGAGAAAAUUCAUUUCACGAAUCACAGGCUUUCUCCAAAAUCAAGACUUUGGAAAUGAGACUGUCGAUAGCUUGCAAAGACUGUUUUUGAUCGUCUCAGCCACUAAAUAUGGACGGAAGUAAGUGAAGGCAAAUGCUGGUUUUAAUAAGUCCAAGCAAACAUCUGUAGCAUAUUUAUAGCUCUGUUAAUCAAAUGCUACAAGUGUCUCCGUAGAACUAUGAUGUGAGUGGCUUUCCUUACCUUGGGCUGGUUCCCUUUCAUACUGGUGUUCAGUCAGUAGAAUAUAACAAAUAUUAAAACAUCUUACAGUGCAAUGCUAUACAUGGCUUCCCAGUUUGACUUACGUCCAGAUAUGUGUACAUUGAUUGCACCCUUAGCUUCUCUUCAUUUUGUGUUCGCUGCUUAUGUUGAUGAUGCUUUUUGCAGGAUAGAUGGCAAAUUUCUGGAACUUCUGCAGACAGUGUUGCAUCUGCCAAAGACUCCUGAGCAAGUCCAGUUUCUUUGUGCUGCCAUCCUGAGAGAGACGUCACUUUGUAAUGAUUUAUCUGUGUCUUGGGAUAACAUCCAGGACACCAAGCUCCUGAGCCUUGCCUUCUCCAUCGUGCUAGCCCAGGUAAGUGAACUGUGAUUCUGGAAAGACCACAGUUUGGUUCUUUGCUUUGUUUCCCUGUGACUGUGGCCCGUUUCACACCCAGAUUUUGGACAUGGUAUAGUUUUUUCUUGUCGUUUUUUAAAAAUGCUCCCCCAUCUGGCGAGAUCUGGUCUAUGCCAAAUUCCAGGCACCCUAAACUUUUUUUAGUUGUUCACUCAGAAUCUUAAAUGAAUUGCCAGAGGGCAGGUUCCUUUUGCGUAAGCUCAGCCCCUGUGGCUUGUGAGCCUUCAAAAUCUUUGCUUUUAUCCAAAGGGCAGUAAAAAGGCAGUGGUGGAAGCUUUUGGGCAGCGUGUGGUGAAAGUCCUGGAAGGCAGGCUUCCUGAAGGUCAAAAUGCACGGCACCUUCUCCCCCUCCUUUCAAAAAUCAUCAGCUUUCUACCGAUGAGCCUUAAUGAAGGUAAGUGCAAGAAGUGGGCAGGCUGGUUGGAUCUACUUUGGUUUUUUUACUAGAACCCCAACCUCUGAGCUGAGGAACUGAACUAAUCUGAGAGUCCUUUCACACAAAACUUCAAUUCUGGUUAGCGUUCCUCAUUUUAAGAGUCUUGUUCAGGUGCUAUUCUGAGACUAGGGGGUGUGAAAUCCUUGCGUAUCUCCUAGAGAUCUGCCGGUAGACCCAGAUCUGCCUUCCGUCCACCCUCCUGUAGAAAACAACCAAGUUAGUUUGAGGCUGGGACUUUGAACAUUUGUUUUAGUCCUUUGAAAUUGUAAACCACUGUGGGUGCCUCAGCAGAAAGGCAGUACAGUGGUGCCUCGCAAGACGAAAUUAAUCCGUUCCGCGAGUCUCUUCGUCUUGCGGUUUUUUCGGCUUAGCGGCUAUUAACGGCUUAGCGGCUAUUAACGGCUUAGCGGCUAUUAACGGCUUAGCGGCUAUUAAUGGCUUAGCGGCUUUAAGAAAAAGGAAACAAACUCGCAAGAACUCGCAAGACGUUUCGUCUUGCGAAGCAAGCUCAUAGGGAAAUUCGUCUUGCGGAACGACUCAAAAAACGCAAAACCCUUUCGUCUAGCGAGUUUUUCGUCUUGCGAGGCAUUUGUCUUGCGGGGCACCACUGUAUAUCGUUCAGCCCAGACACUGAGGUCCAGCUCCAAGGGCCUUCUGGAGGUUCCCUCACUCAGAGAGGUGAGGUGAGGUUACAAGGAACCAGGCAAAGAGCCUUCUCAGUAGUGGCGCCCUCCCUGUAGAACACCCUCCCACCAAAUGUCAAGGAAAUAGACAACUAUCUGACUUUUAGAAGACAUCUGAAGGCAGUCCUGUUUAGGGAAGUUUUUUUUAUGUUUGAUCGUGUUUUUAAUAUUCUGUUGGGAGCCACCCAGAGUGGCUGGGGAAACCCAGCCAGAUGAGUAGGGUAUAAAUAAUAAAAUCAUUAUUAUUGUUAUUAUUAUUCAGACUAGUCUUCCCCAGUGUAGUGCAUGGCGUAUGUUUUGGCCAUGCCAAAUUUGGUACUGUGGGUUUUGUCAUCCAGAACCUCAGGAGGGGAGCAGUUUGAAGAAGGUUUUUAAAAUGUUUUGAACCAUGCUGAGGUCUGUGGAUGAAGGGCAAUAUACUUAAUAAUAAUAAUAACCUAGACACUGCCAAUGUCUAAAGCAGGCAUCUGUUCUGUUCUGCUUAGGCAGUCACCCAAUAUAUUUUCAACCAAUAUUAUAGAGAUGAGGUUUUAGAGGCUAAGGGGUUUGCUGUUUCGCAGGAGCAAUUAAGUGCCAUAAACAUAGGCUGCAGCCAGCCCAAUGUAAUUAGGAAAUGCUGGAGGUGUUUAUAGAAGGGUAGUCUUUUCUGGUUCCUGGUAAGAAUCCCAGUUCCAGCCUCUUUUCUCCACAGAUGAGGAUGCGUGGGUAGAAUAAAUUGUGGGUGUCAAAGAUGCAAAUUCGCAGGAACAGCUCUUCUGUUGAUCUGCAGAGUUUUCUCGCUCCUGGCCCCAAGCACUAAGCUCUUCUCUGGACAGUGUAGGGACAGAUGAAGGUGUAGGUGGACCUGAGGCUGCCUGAUGGUGAACCAUUGGUAUUGCCAAGGCUCCCCGCAGUCGUCCUCUGUUGUGUCUUCCUGACGGGCUGUGUUGCUUUCGAUCCAUAGAUCAGAUCAACCUGCUCAGCAAAAGGAUGGUGGACUGGCUGAGGUAUGCCAGCGUCCAGCAAGGAGUCCCCCAGUCCUCAGGAGGCUUCUUCAACCCUCGAGCAAGACAGGUGCGGAACUGCAGCUCCAGGGGGCAUGAACCCGGGCUUGCUUUUUAAGAGAAGGCACAUGGAAAAACCACCCAGCGAGUCAAGAGCACAGACGCAGAUUCUGCACUGGGGUGACCCUGAAUCCUGCCCUUCCUCCAAGGAGCUCGGAGUGACUUGCCUAGUUCACCUUUGCCCUUGCAGCAGUGGGAGUUUCCCCCAGGCAUCCCGUUGGCCACUGUGAGAACAGCAGGACUCUGGACAAGGCGGACCACUGGUCUGAUUCUCAUGUCUGGCCUUUAAACACCUGGGCUCUCUGGUCCUGAUUCUCUGCUUUCUAAGUAGCGGUUUACUCUGCUCUUUCUUCCGCCCCACAGCCUGGCCCCAUCAUGGAGGUGGACGGCACAGCCACCACGGACUUCUUCACUGUGCUCUCAGUCGGCCAGUAUUACACAGAGGACCAGUGGUUCAACAUGCAGGCCUUCUCCAUGCUGCGGAAGUGGCUGCUGUGCUACGGGAGCAACGGAGCUAGUAGUCCAAAUUCAGGUAAGGAUCUAGAGAGGUGGAGGGGAGGGCACUGUGGAUACAGCCAAUGAGGAACAUGAUUGGCAGCCGCCAUCAACACAUCUGCUGUUAUGGUAAGACACCAAGGGAUCAGAUGGCGAACAGCAUUGUUUACAGCAGCAUGCUCCAUACCGGAUAGAUAAUAAAUACAAUAUUAAGUAAAGGUAAAGGGACCCCUGACCAUUAGGUCCAGUCGUGACCGACUCUGGGGUUGCGGCGCCCAUCUCGCUUUAUUGGCCGAGGGAGCUGGCGUACAGCUUCCGGGUCAUGUGGCCAGCAAACCAGAGCAGUGCACAGAAACGCCGUUUACCUUCCCGCCAGUACCUAUUUAUCUACUUGCACUUUGACGUGCUUUUGAACUGCUAAGUUGGCAGGCGCAGGGACCGAGCAAUGGGAGCUCACCCUGUCACGGGGAUUCGAACCGCCGACCUUUUGAUCGGCAAGUCCUAGGCUCUGUGGUUUAACCCACAGCGCCACUCGCAUCCCACUAAAUACAAUAUUAUUGGUUUGUUAUAAUGGGGGGGGGGCGUUUCUUUUGGGUUGAUAUGUUAUUUGUAUUUCUUAAAAAAACAAAACCUCUCUCUCUCUAUAUAUAAAUAUAUAGUGAAGAGAGUGUGACUUUCCAAUCACGAAUUAAACCACGAGGUCUCACGAGGAGAGGUUUCCUGUUGCAACUCUGCACAACCCACUGCUUAUUCCAAUGGGCUUCUGAUGGGGCAGCUAAGUUGUGCUGUGUCUCUGCAUUGAGUGUGAUUAGACCAUUCAAUUGCACCUCAUGCAGAGAGGCAGUAGAGUUAGCGGCCCUUAGAGGAACUGUGCCCAGAACAGGGACUCAAGCAGAAACAUUGGGGUGGGCAAAGAAGUUAGGCCCUUCUAAGUCUAGGCAGUGUUUACCAUCUUGCGGUCUUAAAAGUAAACACUCUUGUAUGAAAAGAAUGAGCUGCACUUUCAAUUUUAAAUGAGUUAGAAUGUGUGUUAGAAAUUUAGGGGACCUUUGAGGAAAAUAGGAAAUUGACAGAGAUAGAUAUUUACUUAAUAAUGAUUUGAAAUUUGAACUUGAACCUGCUUAGUAUGUUGGUAGGUUCUUAGCCUUACAGUCAUACCUUGGUUUUCAAACAGCUGAGUUCUUGAACGUUUUGGCUCCCGGACGCCACAAACCGAGAAGUGACUGUUCUAGUUUGCAAACUAUUUUUGGAAGCCAAACGUCCGAUGGGGAUUCCGCGGUUUUCUGCAGGAGCUUCCUGCAGCCAAUCAGAAGCCACGCUUUGGUUUCCGAAGUUUUGGAAGUCGAACGGAACGGAUUCCGUUCGACUUCCAAGGUACAAUUGUAUUUGUUAGGUUUUUUUCCUUCCUGUCUUUAAUUAUUUUCUUUCUCCUUAAUUUUUUUUUCCUUAUCUUGUAAAAGACAAGCUGCAUAAAAUGUGAGACUGUAUCAGACUGAAUUUAUUGAUUGUGUUUUGCUGAUUUGGAAUGUUUUGUACGCUCUAUUUUGAUUUUAAGUUAAUAAAAUUACUAGAGAAAGAAACCGAGGAAACCUUUCACUGACUCAUCUUGCCCCAUCUUUCUGUUUGUGUGUGUGAUUUUAAAUCGUAUAGAGAACAAGCAGAAAAUAUAAAGUUGACAUAUAACCUCCCCCCAUAACAAAACAGGAGUUAGGACCAUAAAUAAGAAAACCAUACAUCAGUGAGAGGCAAAAAUAGGUACAAAUAGAAGAAUAGGAGCUGAAUCUUAACAGAAGACAGGGAGGAGAUCAGGCAAGCCAAAUUGCCCUGGCGAUUGCCAACAGAUGUUUUUAUCUGUGUGAUUCAGAGGUAUAUAAAACAAAGUCCCACCAUAUUGCACUCAAAGACUGCGGCUGUUCUUUACCCUGCAGCAAACGUAGGUUGUGGGAAAUCUUUUUUCAAGACUGCGAUGUUCCUACACCACGCUUGCAUGAAUAAACUGCUCACCUUGUCCCCACUUUCUUUGCAGAUGAUAAAUCGGAGGUGGACGGCUCCGUCAUGUCCAUGGUCUCCGUCACCUCCACCUCCAGCCGCCUGCUCCCCCCCAAGGAGCGCUUGCGAGAAAAGGCCUUUGAGUACUGCCAGAGGCUUAUAGAGCAAAGCAACCGCCGUGAGUCCCCUUUUCUGUGCUUGGCUUGUUUCCUGCUGGUGAGGGUGGCAGAGAUUUAGGGAUACUGUUUGCUUUUUCACCUCUUCUCUUUUCCGUCUCCUAUUUCGCAUUGUAACUUGCACAGAAAUUAAUUUUUUUCAUGCGCCCAUAUUUCUGAAUCCCCUUCUGGAGUCUUUCCUCCCAACUAUUCCUCCAGUUGUCUGUGGGGAAGGAAAGGUCCAGCUUUUCCAGGAGAAGCAGCAGGUCUGUUUUGGCUCACAUGCCGACUCAGUUGUCACAAGCUAGGUAUGUUUAACUUGGAGAAGAGGAGACUGAGAGGUGCCGUGAUAGCCACCUUAAAUAUCUGAAGGGCUGGCACGUAGAAGAUGGAGCAAACUUGUUUCCUGCUGCUCCAGAGGGCGGGACCCAAACUAAUGGAUUCAAAUUGCAAGAAAGGAGAUUCUUACUAAGCAUCAGGGAGAACUUCCUGAUGAUAAGAGCUGUUUGGGCAUGGAAAGCUUGUUUAGGGAAGCUUUUCAUGUUUGAUGCAUUACUGUAUUUUAAUAUUUUGUUGGAAGCUGCCCAGAUUGGCUGGGGAAGCCAAGCCAGAUGGGCGGGUAUAAAUAAUAAAUUAUUAUUAUUAUUAUAAAGAGUCCCUCGGGAGGUGGCAAAUUCUCCUUCCUUGGAGGUUUUUAAGCAGAGGUUGAAUGGCCACCUGUCAGGGGUUCUUUAGCUGCCCUUCCUGCAUCACAGGGGGUUGGACUAGAUGAUGAUGAUGAUGAUGAUGAUGAUGAUACUUUUUUUAUACCCCACCCAUCUGGCUGGGUUUCCCCAGCCACUCUGUGCAGCUCCCAACAGAAUAUUAAAAACACAAUAAAACAUCAAACAUUAAAAACUUCCCUAAACAGGGCUGCCUUCAGAUGUCUUCUAAGAGUCAGAUAGUUGUUUAUUUCCUUGACAUCUGAUGGGAGGGUGUUCCACAGGGUGGGUGCCACCACCAAGAAGGCCCUCUGCCUGGUUCCCUGUAACCUCCCUUCUCACAGGGAGGGAACCGCCAGAAGGCCCUCGGCGCUGGACCUCAGUGUCCGGGCAGAAUGAUGGGGGUGGAGACACUUCUUCAGGGAUACUGGGCCGAUGCCGUUUAGGGCUUUGAAGGUCAACAUCAACACUUUGAAUUGUGCUCGGAAACUUAACUGGGAGCCAAUGUAGCUCUUUCAGGUUAUAUGGUCUCAGUGGCCGCUCCCAGUCACCAGUCUAGCUGCUGCAUUCUGGAUUCGUUGCAGUUUCUGGGUCACCUUCAAAGGAAGCCCCACGUACAGCUCAUGGCAGUAGUGCAAGCGGGAGAUAACCCGUGGGGUCCCUUUCCAAGUUCUAUGUUUCUGUGGUUCUAUGAGAUCAAUUUUGUUUUGUCUGCCAGGGGCUCUGAAGAAAGCCGACGGGGAGCUUCAGAAAGCCGUAAGUAGCCUGAAGGAAGGUUUUGGGGCUUGAGCAGGGAUCUUGGGCAGCCAUUCCAGAAUCCCUGACGGUGACGUCUCUCCCCCUCUUUCCCUCGCACAGUGCCUUAUUGAAGCCAUCACCAUUAUGGAUAUCAUUUGCAGACAGGACUCUUCCUACGUCUACCGCUCGCUCUCCUGCCUGAAAAACGUGCACAGCCGGAUCAGUGGGGACCUGUCUUAUGCCAGGGUGCUGCUGCCGAUUGCCCAGUUCUUUCUGAACCACAGUGAGUAAGGCUGGCCGGCUGAAGCGAAGCUCUGCCUCCGAAACUGCCUGGGUAGGGAGGGCAGCUGCGAUGCCAGACAGCUUCCUCCACAGCCUCCCUUUCCCUCUGACUCUGCCCGGGAGGGAGGCCAGAGAUGGGAGCCAAAUUCCUGCCAGGGAGAGGCAGCAACUGCCUUGGAGAUUCCUGUCCUUGCAGGCAGCAAGGGGCAGUUUGCUUGCCUUGCGUUUCCCUCUCGGCAAAAGCAGGAAGCUGAACUCCAAGCAAUGCAUGGUGGGUGGCAGGAGGAAAUUGGGUUUAUCACAAACCCGCCCCCAGACAUCAGGUCUAAACUGAGAAAGGGACGUUUUAUUAGAAAAGGGGAAAGCAGAGAGGAAUAAUAAUAAUAAUAAUAAUAAUAAUAAUAAUAAUAAUAAAUUAUUUAUACCCCACCCUCCCCAGCCAAGACCGGGCUCAGGGCGGCUAACACCAGGUAAAAACAAUUGAUUAAAAUACAACUUAAAAACAAGAUUAAAAUACAACAUUAAAAUGCAGCCUCAUUUCAGUAGAAACUCAAAUCAAGUUCAUUUAUCAAGUUCAAAGGCUGAUCUUGCCCGUCCAAAGGUCCCUCCAUCUCUGAAGCCUCCGUCACUACAGCAGGUUCAUAUGCUUGUAUAGCCUUUAACUGAAUUUCAUUUGUUUGCUGCUGUGCUCUGGUAACUUCCAUCCUCAAGGUCGUCUCCUGACGCAUCUGGUCCAGCUGGGCACUUAGUUUUGAAAACCUUCCAGGAACAAUUGUUCAAGCCUUUGUACUAGCAUUGUCCUUCAAGGUCAAAGAAAAUUCUUUCCCACGACAAUAGUCCAAUAGUCCUUCUCUUUUAAUCUCUCUGCGUUGCAAUUUCACUAAAUUCCACUAGAUGGAAAUUUUUUAUUUUAAUAAAGGAAUAAAAGCAACAGCAACAAUCUUUCUUUUCCAGAAACACUUUAUCCAAAAUUCCCCUUCCAAAUUCAAGAGGCAACAGUAGAAUCAAAAUGUUACCCUUCUUUUAACUAACUGUCGAGCUGGAUAAACUUCAGAACGUCAAUUCUGACAGCCCGCUCCUGGUUCAGGGCGGUGGAAAAUUGCUUUAUUUUAAACUCACUUCCGCAGGAUUGAAAAGUCCAAAUACAACCCCCUUUUUCUCCUGCAGUCAAAGGGGGGGUUCAGAAAUCUUAGAUGUUGAAUUCUAGUUCUCUUAAAAUUUAAUUUUCAGGCUUUAGUAUAUUUUGUCUUUGCUUUCUUCACAUAACAAAAGAACGGAAGGCGACUUCCUGUUUAGACCUUCCCAUUCCGAGUCCCAAUUAAGUUCAAUUUCAAGUCCAAUAUUAUUUGUUUAUUCACCAGUCUUAAAAGUGGUUCAGCUCUUCCAAGAUCAGGUACUCACGGAUAGAUGUUUUAGAUGCCAAAUUGUCCAGGAAAAGGCAGCGCUCUCCGAUAACGGCAGUGCGGCUUUGCUGCACGGAGGAAGCAGACGACUCACAGCACCACGCACCUCCCACUCCGGAGCCCGUUACCGGGCUCCUGUACAAGGGGAGAGAGCGCUCUCGGUGCCCGCCGAGUCCCACGUCCACAGGCUUCUUCCGCCUGUGGUUUUUGCGGGUCCCCGCUGCGCCGUAGCGGCAGGACCCAAGCCUCCGUGCAGCGGGUUCCCUUCAGUCCGAAGGGAAUUCCGCCAUUUUCCGGAGGCGCCAGCCCGGAAAGAUGAAAUGUGGUCAGAUUUGGAAAUGGGGGGAUGGAUCGACCCCCCUCCAUAUGGUUAUUUGGACCUUCCGAGUCUGGUGAUGGGCUAUCAGAGGAUUGGAGUAGCCGAAGUCUCCAAGCUUUGUGGAAAUUUGAAGUGGUAUUAUUUGCUGUCUGGCUUGGGCAAUGGGUUUGGGAUGGACUUGUUGCAAAGGGUCAAAAGCAUUUUCUUGCUGGAGCAUCCACGACUGGAAAGGAAUCAUCAACAAGAGUGGCGAAAGGGGCAAGAAAGAGACUUGAGGGCCUCGGAUACGAGACAACCAGGUUAAGGAGCCGGAUUACCGAGGUUAAAAGGACUGACAAUCCCGGGUCCAGGGGAGGGGAGGUUGGAAGCUGACUGGACUGAAUUUGACUUAUUAUUUUUUUUUUUUUACUUUUUAAUAUUGGGAAUGCUUACAAAUGUUUGAAGGAUGUUGAAUGAAAUUACAUGACUUAAGUAAGGAUUGGUAAAUGAUUCGUAAAAAGGUAAUGAUGCAAGAAUUUGGUAAAUAUUGAAUAUAAGCUAUGGGUUUUAAAGUUUUUAUAUGACAAGAGGGAAAAUAGAAUAAGGAAACGUAAUGACAGAUUGUUAUGAAAAAACGGAAAGGAUUUGCUGUAAAAAUUAAAAAUUAAGAAACAAAAGAGGGGAGGAGGAGGAAGUCUAGAAAGGAAGUCAAUAGAGAUUGUAAAGGACUUUAUAUUUUUGUUUUUCUGUUUCUCUUUUUUUUCUUUGCGGCUGGGUUUUCUUUUCUUUUUUGUUUAUGCACUAAUUUUGUUUUUUGUAUCCUUAAAUUUUUUUUUUUUUGGAAAUUUUUGUUGUUAUUUUUUGAAAAUUCAAUAAAUAUCAACUAUAAAAAAAAAAAGAAACUCAAAUCAAAAACUUUUUGGGGAUGAAUACUUCAAAUCUUCCCCAAGGCCAACUAUCCAAACUGGUCCUACGUGGGCCAGAAAAAAGCCAGGGAAGUCCCCAAAUAGGAGUUCCAUCACAGAAGGAGAAAUGAUAGAGGGGAAGGGGAUCAAGUUGAUUCCAAGCCAAAGGCCAGGUGGAACAACUCUGUCUUACAGGCCCUGCAGAAAGAAAUCAGAUCCUGCAGGGCCCUGGUCUCAUGAGACAGAGCGUUCCACCAGGCCGGGGCCAGUGUUGAAAAGGCCCUGGCUCUGGUUGAGGCUAAUCUGACUUCCUUAGGGCCUGGGACCUCUAGGGUGUUGCUAUUUAUGGACCUUAAGGUCCUCCACAGGGCGUACUGGGAGAGGCGGUCCCGUAGGUACGAGGGUCCUAGGCCGUGAAGGGCUUUACGAAAGCACCCUCAGUUUCCCCCUCCCCAGGGCUGACUAAAGCAGGAUGGAGAAUGCUAAAUCUAUGCAUGCGUACGUGUGUGUUUCUAUCCUCGCUCUCCAGGUGAGACGGCGGCUGUGGACUCCGAAGCUGUUUACAGGCACCUCUUCACCAGAGUUCCCGCUCAGCUUUUCCACAGCCCAAUGCUGGCCUUUGAGUUUAUCCAGUUCUGCAGGCACAACAUUCGGUUCUUCACUGAGAAACUCAGCAUCUUCCGACAGAACUUCCCAAACCUAUUCAAGGUACCUGGUAGCAAGACUCUCACGGGGCCUCAUGGGCAGAAGUUAAAAGCUGUUGGAGAAUGUGCAGGUGGCUUCUGCUUUUUCAUCCAACUGCUCUUAGUCGGCUCUUUCUCAGGGCCAUGGUUAUUAUUAUUAUUACUAUUAUUACUGUUAUUUUAUUUAACAUAUUUAUAUGCAGCCUUCCUCCCAAGUUGAGAUUCAAGGCAGCUUCCACCAUUUAAAAGCGACAUUACGAAAAACAAAGGAAUAAAAACAAACUGGUGGAAAAACAUCAAAACAACAUUUAGAAUUAGCAAAAUUAAAAUCCAGUUUGCGGGUGGCGCUGUGGUCUAAACCACUGAGGCUAGGGCUUGCCGAUUGGAAAUCCAAUUGGCAGUUCAAAUCCCCGCGAUGGGGUGAGCUCCUGUUGCUUGGUCCCUACUCCUGCCAACCUAGCAGUUCAAAAGCACCCCCAAAAGUGCAAGUAGAUAAAUAGGUACCACUCUGGUGGGAAGGUAAACGGCGUUUCCGUGCGCUGCUCUGGUUCACCAGAAGCGGCUUAGUCAUGCUGGCCACAUGACCCAGAAAAACUGUCUGCGGACGAAUCCCGGCUCCCUCGGCCAGUAAAUCAAGAUGAGCACCACAACCCCAGAGUCUUUUGCAACUGGACUUAAUGUCAGGGGUCCUUUACCUUUACCUUUACCUUUACCUUUACCUUUAGCUUGCUCUCACAGCAGCCCAGUGGUCAGCGUUGCCUGCACGUUAGUUUCCAAAGGCCUGUCUCAACAGGAAGGUCUUAGCCUGCCAGUGGAAGGAUGACAGGGAGGGAGCCAGGCUGGCCUCUCUUGGGAAGGAAUCCCACAAUAUGGGAGCAGCUGCAGAAAAGGCCCUGUCUUUGUUGGAUCACCCCCCAACCAUGCCUCUGAUGUUGAUGGGACCGAGAGAAGGUGCUCACCCAAGGACCUUAGCACCCCCAGGCAGGUUUGCAGAGGGAGAUACGAUCUUUCCGGUAGCCUGUCCCAAAGCCACACAGGGCUUAAUUAGCACCCUGAACAAGGGAUUAGCCUGCUCCCUGUAACCAGCCCCAGUCAGCAAUCUGGCCACAACUUUAGGAGUAAUGGAGAUCCAAGGGAGAGAGGACACCCGUGCCAGAUUUACGUAUAACCUAAAAAAGCUAUAACUUAGGGCCCCACUCUCUUGGGGGCCCCCAAAAAAAUUAAAGGAAAAAGGCCCUGCGUAUACAUUUCCAAAAUAUGAGAUAAAAAACAAAUAAAAUAAAACCUACAUACAGCAACAGUGUUUUGUGUUGUUUCGGUUCCUAUGAUGUAAGUCAUGGGCCCCGCCUGCUAGCCUGCUCCCUCAAAUAUCCCUGGUUUGCUCCUUUCUAUAUAUAGGGUGCCUACAUUCGGCAUGUGCAAAUGGCUUUAGAUACCUAUUAGGUCCAUAAAUCACUGUAUAGCAUAUAUUCAACACAAGAAAACAGUGACAAUUUGUUGUUGACAAAGGACAGCUGGACAUAUAAAGGGCCCCAUUACCUUCAGUAGCUUAGGGCCUCAUCCAACCUAAAUCCAGCCCUGGGGGAGACCCACCUGUGUGGCCAGCUGUGACUAUUGAGGAAGAGCCAGAGGUUGUCUUGUUUAGCCUGCAGCAUCUCCAGCUAGGGAAGACUUGGGACGCUUGAGAACUGCUGCCAACCAGAGUAGGCAUCAUUGUUCUAGAUGGGCCCAAUGGCCUGCCCAAGCUUCAGGCAUCGCCGUUCCUUUGUAUGGGAGGAGCUUUAGGGUCUGGCCUUCCCCUCCUCCUUCCCCCUUGGAUCAUUGGCUCUGCUGUCUUCCCUAGAGAGAGGAUCUAUAGUGGGAGAAUCCACUUGGGGUGUGGAGGGAGAGCAGGCCCACUCAUUGCAGUUUCAUCUCGUUCCCACCUCCCUUGCAGUUCCUGGCAUGGAACAGCCCAGCCCUUGUCGCUGAUUAUAUGGACCUUCUGCCAGCCCUGCUUGGGACCGACACGGCUCUGGAGAUCUUCCACCUGCUGCUCGACUUGCCUUGUGUGGCAGUGGCGCUGGAUGUCCAGCUGAGGUAAUAGCUCUCCUCCCAGCAGCCUAGUGCCAGGUAGUGCAGAGUAAUGGUAUUAUAGUGGUACCUUGGUUCUCAAACUUAGUCCGUUCCGGAAGUCCGCUCCAAAACCAAAGUGUUCCAAAACCAAGGCGCGCUUUCCCAUAGAAAGGAAUUCAAAACAGAUUAAUCUGUUCCAGACUUUUAAAAACAACCCCUAUAACAGCAAUUUAACAUGAAUUUUACUAUCUAACGAGACCAUUGAUCCAUAAAAUGAAAGCAAUAAUGUUCAAUGUUCUGUACUAUAAAAUAAAUAGGAUGGUAUUGUAGAUGAUAAAAAUUAAAAAAAAAAAAAAUCUUACCUGCACUGAUGAUAGUCAUUGUUUGAAUGGGGGGCUUUUAUCCAUUUCUGCAGUCACACAAUAAAUCUGAAGAAGUGUGCAUGCACAUGAAACCUCAUACCGAUAACAAACUUAGUUGGUCUCUAAGGUGCUACUGGAAGGAAUUUUUUUAUUUUGUUUCGACAAUCAAUCAUUCAGUCAGUCAGUCAAUCAGUAGAUGAACUGGGUUCCACACAGUCACAAAAACAAAUUAACCGAAAAGCCUCAAAAACAAAAACGCAAAAUAAAUAGCAAAAACAAAAGCAACAAACUUAUUCCGUUGCGGAAGUCCGUUUGACUUCCAAAACGUUCGAAAACCAAGGUGCAGUUUCUGAUUGGUGCAGGUGCCCCGGAAACAAUAGCCGACAGCCACAUCGGACGUUCGGCUUCCGAAAAAGCUUAGAAACCCGGAACACGUACUUCCGGGUUUUCGGCAUUUGAGAACCAAGGCGUUUGAGAACCAAGGUACCACUGUCCUAUUUUAUAUUUAUUUAUACCCAGACCAGGACUCAAGGCGGCUGAUCAGUUAAAAUGGAAAAAGCUCAUCCUUAAAUGCAAGGCUGAGCUAAUAUGCCUUUACAGGCUUGUAGGAAGAAGUGGGGGCUUCUUGUGGCCAGAUUCCUCCACAUUUUUAACGGACAGUGCUUUUGAUCAAGGUGCGUGUGGGCUUUUCGUCUGUUGCUAGGUCUGCCCUGACUCCCCUUCCUGAGAGGACUCCUGUGGACCCUUCUCUGAAACCAGCCACCUGCCUGGAAGCUUACCGCCACCCGGACUACAGAGCCCUCUUCCAGUAUCUCCUUCGGGUCGAGUCGGCUCCCGGAGACCCUGGCAGGUAAGAGGCCGUCCCUGAGACAAGCUGCUCUUCUUACUUUAUUUGAUGCUGUCUAUUUUGGGGGUACUCAUACCUUGCCCGCUAAACAAAGUUCCCAAGGCAUCUUAUGAUAUAAUCAAAGUACUGUUGUGGUUGUGGGGUUUUUUGUGGCAAAUCUUUUUCUUAAUGAUUUUCAUUUUUUUUGUCCAAAUUGGUCACUAAUUAAAACAAAUUAAAUUGAAACAAAUAGACGUUUCCCCAAAUCUGAACAAAUUUAACGUUUUUCCGAAACUGACUUCCUGCACUCCCUCCUGGAUGUGUUGAUGGUUAUCCUUGGUGCUGUAUCAUAGAAUCUUAAGCGUUGGAAGAGACCCUGAGGGUCAUCUAGUCCAACCCCCCUGCAAUGCCGGAAUCUCAGCUAAAGCAUCCAUGGCGGAUGGUCAUCCAGCCUCUGCUUAAAAACCUCCAAGGAAGGAGAGUCCACAACCCCUGAGGGAAUCUGUCCCACUGUCAAACAACUCUUACUGCUCCUGAUGUUCAGUCGGAAUCUCCUUCCUUGUAACUUGAAGCCAUGGGUUCGAGUCCUGCCCUCCAGAGCAGGAGAAAACAAGCUUGCUCCCUCCUCCAUGUGACGGCCCUUCAGAUAUUUGCCCCUUUGGUCUGAUCUAGCUGCAGCCAGACUCUUCUGAUGCUCUUCUGGGUUCUUCCAUUGUGGUCCCGUCCCCCCCCAGGUUGACUCCCAUCCGCCAGCUCCUGGGAUCCAUGGCCAGUUCCCCUCGCGUGGUGCAGUGUGCGGAGAGUGUCCCUGUCUUACUGCAGCUCUACUUUGGAGUCGUAGCCGAGGUAAGGUUUGCUUCCCCCCCGGCAAGGAUCUGUUCCAGUUGCAUAUCCUCCUAUACGCCUUCUUCAGUGAAGGUUUUAAACUAGGGCUUUAAAAAUGCAAACGUCAAAAGUGCAUCCAGUGCUUAGGUACAGUGGUGCCUCGCAAGACGAAAUUAAUCCGUUCCGCGAGUCUCUUCGUCUUGCGGUUUUUUUGUCUUGCGAAGCACGGCUAUUAGCGGCUUAGCGGCUAUUAACGGCUUAGCGGCUUUAAGAAAAAGGAAACAAACUCGCAAGAACUUGCAAGACGUUUCAUCUUGCGAAGCAAGCCCAUAGGGAAAUUCGUCUUGCGGAACGACUCAAAAAACGGAAAACUCUUUCGUCUAGCGAGUUUUUCGUCUUGCGAGGCAUUCGUCUUGCGGGGCACCACUGUAUCUAGGUUCCUUCCCUCCUCCCAAAUCUGUAUUGGUAGAAUGGUAUGUCACUAUAAAGAAUGACUGAAAUUGAGGCUGAAUGCCUUUCCACAGUAAAUAUCAGAUCCAAAUGUAUAAGAACAGCAACCCAGAAGUGAGAUGGUAGGUGCUCCAAACGUCACAAAAGGGUGCUCCAAGCACAGCAGCAGACAAAACAGUUCUUCCAGGAUAAUGAACUUUUUCAAUGAUAAUUCUUCAUCAGCUGGCAAUAAUAUAAAAUGAAAUCCAUUACAUUCAAAUACAAUACAGAGAUUGAAAUGACAGGCCUGUAUUUAAUCUGUUCUUAUAGCACCACCAUGCUCCAGCUCACUCUCGACAACAUUUUGGAUCUGAUAUGUACUGUGGAAAGGUGUUCAGCCUCAAUUUCGGUCAUGCUUUAUAGUGACAUACCAUUCUAAUCAUUCUGCUUAUGGAAUAGUUACUUGACUCUUAUUAGUUUGUGACUCCCUGCACAUAUUACACGUCUUCUAUCUAUGAAUUUUGAAACAGUUUGAUAGUGUUAUAUAAAUAUUGUCAAUAAACUAUUAGCCUAUGUGUUGCUUGAUGUUUUUCAAAAUGCAGAUGGGUGGCAGAUCUGCUCAGUAGAUCUUUGUUGUAGCAGGCGAUGGGAUGAGUGCAGGACGCAGGGGCCCGGGAUUCUCCGGGAUUCGCGGAUCUUCCUUCGCUGAGUUAAGGCACUGAACGGUCCUGUUCUUCCUUCUUCUCCAGUUUGCAGAUGGGGCUCUUGCAAACAAGCUGGUUCUGGCAAUCCUGGAGAGGAGCGAACAGCUUUAUGGAAUCCCGGCUUUCAAGGCAGAGGUGUACAGGUGAGUGCAGACGCAUCAUCUCAGGUGGGGAGAGGGCAAAAUCUACCAUCUCCAGGCUGGGGAGUUUCUCCUUGAGCCUUUCUCUCCAAUGGAGCGGUUUUCUGAUUUGAUACAGAUUGUCCCUUACAGUCAAGGUUCCUCUUGGGAUAUUAUCUUUCUGUUCAUUGCCCUGAACUAUUGGUUGCUUACGUUUCUAUCCCAAGUCUGGUAGAAAGUGGUCUAUUCAUUUGUUUUAUUUAUAAAAAUAUUUAUUUACUGCUAAUUCUUUUUUUUAAAAAAAAAUUGGAGCAGAUUACAGCAAUGGCACACAAAACUCAUUUGAUAAAAACCAUAUAAAAAAGUUUAAAUCAGAAAUCAGCUAACUUACUGUGGAAAGGUAUAUUGCCUGCUUAGGCAUGACGGACUAGAAAAAAAAUUAAGCAAGCAUUUAAAAGUUGAGACAGAAGUUGUCUACUGAACCUCUAGUAGCAGAGAGUUCCACAGGACGCAGGUGACGCUAAAGGCUUGGUUUCCAAGUGAUGUGUAUAUUACAUUGCAACUGAACUACUGACACUGUUCUGACCGAGUACUCCUUAGCUGAAAAGGCUCCCCAAGUGGCUUACAAAAAUCAGUAGUAAGACAGUCUCUACUUCCAGGCUUGCAAUCUCUUUAAGACAUGACACACACAAAGAAAAAAAUGAUGGGAAUGGAGAGAGGAAAAAACCAGCUCCAUUCAUGUUCUUAUGUCAUUACCAAGCCGAUAAACAGCUUUAAAAAAAAAAGCAUUGUGAACCAUGGAGACAGUAGUGCCUUUGGAUAAGAAAAGUCUGAGGAUGAUUGAUUGGAAGAAGAGGUGGCCCUUGAGAAAAUGCCAGGGCAGCAACUUGACUAAAGAAGCGUUAAUUGAUUAACCACACGAGACUGUCUGGCAUUAAAUUUGCAUAUUGGUGUAAAAAAAGAAAGAAAGGCAUUUCUGAUGCGAGACACCAGCUCUCUUUGCUUUAAUAUUGUGUGCAUCUUCAGAGGCCUUCUUUCCUGUGCACACAAGAGAAAAGGAAAGAAUGUCUCUCUUUUUUAAGUUCAGGUCUCUUAAUUUAAAUUUUUCCUAGCUGCCAUUUAUGCAAAGGUUCCAGGGUAGCACUUACAAAAGUGAAUAAAAUCAAUCCCUCCAGCAUAUAAAUGCAGUUUAAAGUAAGCAUUAAAAAACAAGAGAAAGCAGGCAUACAAAACCACCCCAGAAAUACAGUUCCCAAGAAUUUCAUCUACAUUAUACACAUUUGUAUUACAAAAAAAAUGCAUUUAAAAAAACCUGCCCUGCCAAAUAAAUCAAGAGCAAACUUUUAGCUGAUCUGAGGGUGUUUUGACGGAGCAAGUCCAACAGAUGAAUCCCUUUGGCGUUGCAGCCCUAACUUAUGCCUGCUCUCCUGGUGUCAUCAAAGUCUUUGUGGCAAGGCCUCUACUGCCGCGACAGCCACUCCCAGAGCCCACUCCAAACGCCUAUUCAGAAGCAGAAAGUGGCUCAAACGCUGUUUUGGAAGCCUUGCUCUCUGGGUUGCAGAGAACCCCUGGUCACCCCAGCUGUUCUCUUUUCCCUACCAGGGUGAUGAGCUCCCAGCUGUCGAUUCUGUGCAAGCUGCACCCUUCGCUGGUGGUGGAGCUGUCCCCACAGCUUUUGGAGUUUUCAGGAACGGUCACCAACAUUCAGAGCAAAGAGGACCUCUUCACUGAUGUGGUAAGCAGAAAGCCACUUGCCCUGGCGGGUAGGACAACCCCCACCCCUACAUUCCCAUCUGGGAUACUGAUGCCGGGAGAGGGGAGCCUGCUGGCCUUCCACAUGUUGCUAGACUCCAUCUCCCAUCAUCCCUAAGGAAGUCAGAAUAGCCUCAGCCAGAGCCAGGGCCUUUUCAGCACUGGCUCUGGCCUGGUGGAACACUCAUGAGACCAGGGCCCUGUGGGAUCUGAUUUCUUUCCGCAGGGCCUGUACGACAGACUUGUUCCGCCUGGCCUUUGGCUUGGAAUCAACUUGAUCCCCUUCCCCUCUAUCCUUCCUCCUUCUGCGAUGGAACUCCUAUUUGGGGACUUCCCUGGCUUUUUUCUGGCCCAUGUAGGACCAGUCUGGAUAGUUGGCCUUGGUGAAGAGUUGAUGUUUUCAGCCCCCAAAAGUUUUUGAUUUGAGUUUCUACUGAAAUGAGGCUGCAUUUUAAUGUUGUAUUUUAAUCUUGUUUUUAAGUUGUAUUUUAAUCAAUUGCUUUAUAUCUGGUGUUAGCUGCCCUGAGCCCCAUCUUGCCUGGGGAGGGCGGGGUAUAAAUAAAAUUUAUUAUUAUUAUUAUCCCUGAUUAGUGGGUUCAGCAGGGCUGGCUGGGGCUAAUGGGAAUCCAGCGGCCCCGAUGGGUUUCCCCAGCCACUCUGGGUGGCUUCCAACAGAAUAUUAAAAUACAAUAACCUAUUUAACAUUAAAAGCUUCCCUAAACAGGGCUGCCUUCAGAUGUCUUCUAAAAGUCUGGUAGUUAUUGUUGUUGUUCUCUUUGACAUCUGGUGGGAGGGCGUUCCACAGGGCGGGCGCCACUACCGAGAAGGCCCUCUGCCUGGUUCCCUGUAACUUGGCUUCUCACAGCGAGAGAACCGCUAGAAGGCCCUCAGAGCUGGACCUCAGUGUCCAGGCAGAAUGGCCUGCAGAGUUAUGCCUGAGGCCCAGGAGAGUUAGAAUCAUAGAAUUGUGGAGUUUGAAGGGACCACAAGAGUCAUCUAGUCCAAGCCCCUACAGUGUAGGAAUCUCAAUGAAAGCACCCCUGACAGAUGGCCACUCGACCUUUGUUUAAAAACCUCCAAGGAAGGAGAGCACCUCCACCUUCCUAGGAAGUUGGUUCUGCUGUCAAAACAGCUCUUACCCUCCGAAAACUCCUCCUGGUUUCCAGUGUCUCCUCCUUUUCUCCUAAGGAGAACUGCUGAUCUCUCCCUGGACAGGGACAGAGGAGGCGGCACCAGGUGCAGGCGAGUUGAUUCCUGGUUAGUUCGCCCACCCCUAGGGUCCCGCAGGCUUUCUCUGCUGCUUCCCUCUCACGAUUCUAGCCCUUUGUGAGGUAAUGAGGUACGUAUGCCCCGCUCUGAAGGAGUGUCCCUUCCCACAGGUGUGGACCAUUGGGGAGUACGCGUCCGUAGCGCACGACAAGCGCUGCACGGUGGAGCAGAUCAACAGGUUCUUCGAAGUCCUUGAGGCCAUGCUCUUCGAGAUCACCCAGCUGCGGCCCUUGGCCAGCAUCCCCAAAUACUCUCCUCGCGCCAUCGCCGUCCUCAUGACUGCACUCACCAAGCUGGCAUCUCGCAGCCAGGACUUGAUCCCAAGGUUUGAACCCGGGGGGCAGAUGGGGGGGGGAGAGCAGGACUUACCGUCCGCUCUGGUUUGCGUAUGCGCACCUGGUAAGAACUGACGAGGACAUCCGUUAGGGCUGGGCGACGUCUGGUUUUCAACAUUGUGAUAUGUCGCCAGCUAAACGUCUAGUUUUAUACCGAUAUAUCACAAUAUAAGGAUGGAGCUAUAUAGAGGCGUUGGCUGGCUUCACGGUUUUUCCUGCAGCGUGAUUUCUGCCAGCGCCUGCUCUCGUGAUUCGCUGAGGCGGGGGAGAGCCGAGCCAACAGUUUGCAGGAAUCAAGUGAAGCAUUGGCUGACUUCACGUUUCCCCCCACAUUGUGAUUUUUGCAGAGCUAUGCUCCCAGCCAGAUGGGCAGGGUAAAAAUAAAAUUCUCCUUCUUCUCCUCCACCUCCUCCUCCUUCACCACAAUAUACUGCCAGGUCAAAAAUUAUGAAAGCGGUAUCACAAUAUCGACUGGUUUUGGACGAUAUAUUGAUAUAUUGUCCAAAACAAGUAUGAAGUCCAUACUGUGAUAAUGCUUUCAUAAUUUUUGACCUGGAAAUAUAUUGUGCCCUAGACAGCGCCUGCUCUUGUGAUUCGCUGAGGCGGGGGACAGCCGAGUUUGCAGGAAUCGAGUGAAGCAUUGGCUGACAUCACGUCCCCCCCCCCAUUGUGAUUGUGAUUUUUGCAUAGCUAUGCCCCCAGCCAGAUGGACAGGGGGGAAAUAAAAUUCUUCUUCUUCUUCUUCCUCUUCUUCUUCUUCUUCUUCUUCUUCUUCUUCUUCUUCUUCUUCUUCUUCACAAUAUAUUGCCAGGUAAAAAAUUAUGAAAGUGAUAUCACAGUAUGGACUUCAAACUGGUUUUGGAUGAUAUUGUCCAAAACAAGUUUGAAGUCCCUACUGUGAUAUCGCUUUCAUAAUGUUUGACCUGGCAGUAUAUUGUGCCCUAGACACCAGCUUGAUAUGGUUGGGGUGCAGUUUGGUGGGGAAGCACCCACCGCUUGAAAGGAGAGCAGUUUUCCCCAGCCUGGGCCAGAAGUUUUGGAGCAGGGGUCAGCAACCUUUUUCAGCCGUGGGCCGGUCCACCAUCCCUCAGACCAUGUGGUGGGCUGGACUGUAUUUUUGGGGGGGAAAUAUACAAAUUCCUAUGCCCCACAAAUAACCCAGAGAUGCAUUUUAAAUAAAAGGACACAUUCCACUCAUGUAAAAACACGCUGAUUCCCAGACCGUCCGCAGGCCUGAUUGAGAAGGCUAUUGGGCCGCAUCCGGUCCCCGGGCCUUAGUUUGCCUACCCCUGUUUUGGAGUAUCACUUCCAUCAGCCCCAGCCAGGUUGGGGAGUGCUGAUGUGAAAAGUCCCAGCAUCUUAGGUAGUGAGAAAGACCUGCUGUUUUGCUAAUCCACUGGCAGCCACCUAGACUUGGGGUGGUGAUCAGGAGGCAGAUCCCAUGGGUGCUAUCCUGUGCCUUGCCUCUCCCCCUCUUGCUCAUCGGCAGCAAAGCCUGGUCAGUAACACAGCCCUACUGGCCAGCUGGUACCAGAUCUGGAUUUAGUGGCAGGUGGUUUGCAAGGAUUUUUGCCUUCCAGUUGUAAAAGCAAUAGCAACAGCUUCAAAUUCCCUCCCAAAAAAUUGCCAGAAGCUUGUGGGGUUUUGUUGUGAUAAAACUUACCGUAUUUUUCGCUCUAUUGGAUGCAGUUUUUCUCCUCCAAAAAUUGAGGGGAAAUGUGUGUGCGUCCUAUGGAGCGAAUGCAGGCUUGUGCCAUAGCCGCGCGCAACCCCUCCGGCAGGGAGAGGCUGCACGGGGCUAUGGCUUCUUUAGCCCUGCGCAGCGUCUCCCGGCAAGGAGAGGCUGCACGGGGCUAAAGGGGAAGCCAAAACAGCGAGCGGGAUCCAUCCCGCUCGCUGGCUUGGCUUGUUCCAUAGCUGCGCGCAACCCCUCUGGCAGGGAGAGGUUGUGUGCAGCCUGUACGCUGCUCUUUGGGGCUGGGGGGGGGGAAAUAUUUUUUUUCUUGAUUUCCCCCCCUAAAAACUGGGUGCGCCCUAUGGUCCGGUGCGCCCUAUGGUGCGAAAAAUACGGUACCUCCAUGACUUGGACCACCAAUUCCUAGGCUGAGCAUAUGCUCAGAGACUUGGCAUUUUCCUUUGCCUGGCUGAGCUGCUGCCAUUUUCCACGGUAAAAUACAAAGUUCCCCUUUGCAAAGCUUGAACCUGCCACCCUGAAUGAGACCCUGUUGGACUGACAGGUGUGGCCAGUGAAUUGCUUCGUAGGAUUUUGGACCCGAGUCCUCCCUCCCAACUCAGUUCUGGUCCUUAGAACCCCAGAGAAGUCUGGCUGCUCAGUCUGGCCAAAGCCCAUCUCGCCCAGCAGCCGGUCCCCACGGUGGAGACCUAUGGGAAACCGGCAUGAACACAGAGGUGCUCUCUCCCCCCUCACGUUUCCCAGUGGCUGGUAGUCUGGGGCAAACCAGCACAGCCACCAUGGGUAAAGGUAAAGGUAAAGGGACCCCUGACCAUUAGGUCCAGUUGUGACCGACUCUGGGGUUGUGGUGCUCCUCUCGCUUUACUGGCCGAGGGAGCCGGCGUACAGCUUCCGGGUCAUGUGGCCAGCAUGACUAAGCCGCUUCUGGCGAACCAGAGCAGCACACGGAAACGCUGUUUACCUUCCCGCCGGAGCGGUACCUAUUUAUCUACUUGCAGUUCGUGCUUUCGAACUGCUAAGUUGGCAGGAGCAGGGACCGAGCAACAGGAGCUCACCCCGUCGGGGGGAUUCGAACCGCUGACCUUCUGAUCGGCAAGCCCUAGGCUCUGUGGUUUAGCCAUGGUUAGUAGCCAUUAUUAGCCUUGCCUAGUUUGCCUAAUCCCACAUUAAUGGCCAUCACUGCCUCUUGUGGCAGUGAGUUCCGUAGUUCAACUAUUUGCUAGUGUGAAGUACUUCCUUUGCCUUCCCCCCAAAACGCUUUGCUUAACUUCCCCAGAACCCCUUACCUGGGUGAGGUGUGCAGGAUAUGUUGGAGAUGGCAGGUGACCAGGUUUGGAGCCCACAGCCCCAGUGACUCCAGCGGGAAACCUGUUUCUCCCUGCCCCAAAACCUCAGGGAGCGAGGGGUGCUCUCCUUCCCGCCCUCUCCUGUGAGGUGGCUCAGCCCCGCUCUUCUCCCCGUGUCUCCCCACAGGGUGUCCCUCUUCUUGUCCAAGAUGCGGACCUUCAUCCAGAACCCAGCCGUCUCCUCCACCUACAGCCCCGAGGACGCGGAGGCCAUCCUGACCCGGGCCACGGAGCUGAUGAACUUGCUGAAGAUGCCCAGUGUGGCUCAGUUUGUGCUGACCCCGUCCCCCGAGGUCUCGAGCCCCCGGUUCCACCGCGACACAAACGUUUCCCUGCCUCUCGCCAUGAAGGCAGCCAGCCAGAUUCUGGAGAGGGGAGCAAGCUCCGUUCCUGGCUGA